AAUCCAGAGGUCCUGCCACCAGGCGAUGGUGUGUUCACCAGUGAUACCAUUGAGGUUUUAAAAACGAGUGAGACCAGUCACUGGUUACGGUUCUUUAUUCGUGUCACUGGAGACCACUGUCGGGCAACGGAAUGCAUUGCGCAUUUCCCGAGUGCUUAGAGUGUGUAGGUGGUGGUGGCUGCAUGAGAGCAAGUGAACGAAGUGUCUCAUGCACAACAACGCCUCAUUAUCCCCAAAUUAAGAGUUAGCUGGGGAAACAUUGACCCCCAAAUCGAUUUGGAUAUGUCGGUCCGCACGCGGACAGGAUUUUAUCGUCAGGAGGUAAACAAAACGGCAUGGGAGGUUCCAGAGCGAUACCGUGAGCUAAAGCAGGUGGGGACUGGCGCAUAUGGGACAGUAUGUUCCGCCCAGGACCACAGGACUGGGGUGAGGGUGGCCAUCAAGAAGCUCCACAGACCCUUCCAGUCAAAGCUCUUCGCCAAGAGGGCCUACAGAGAGCUCCGGCUCCUCAAGCACAUGAAGCACGAAAAUGUGAUUGGACUGCUGGAUGUGUUCACUUCUGAGAUCUCAUUGGACAGGUUUCAUGACUUUUACCUGGUAAUGCCACUCAUGGGUACUGAUCUGGGGAAACUGAUGAAGAUGGAGAGAUUGUCACAGGAGAGGGUGCAAUUCCUUGUCUAUCAAAUGCUGAAAGGACUCAAGUAUAUCCACUCUGCAGGGAUCAUCCACAGGGAUCUCAAACCUGGAAAUGUAUCUGUCAACGAAGACUGUGAGCUGAAGAUCCUUGACUUCGGGCUGGCUCGGCAGACAGACACAGAGAUGACGGGGUACGUCGUCACUCGCUGGUACAGAGCCCCCGAGGUAAUCCUCAAUUGGAUGCACUAUACCCAGACUGUGGAUAUCUGGUCGGUGGGCUGCAUCAUGGCGGAGAUGUUGCUGGGGAAGCCGCUGUUCAAAGGAAAUGACCACCUGGACCAACUGAAAGAGAUCAUGAAGAUUACUGGUACACCCACUGCAGACUUUGUUACGAAGCUACAAAGCCAAGAUGCCAAAAACUACAUACGGAGCCUUCCUAAAGUACUAAAGAAAGAUUUGCACUUUCUUUUUUCCAAAGCUAGCUCAGACGCGGUGUGUGUGCUGGAGCGCAUGCUGUUGCUGGACCCUGAGAGGCGGGUGAGUGCGUCGGAGGCGCUGGCCAUGCCCUUUUUCAGUGAGUUCAGAGAACCAGAGGAGGAGACUGAGGCCCAGCCCUACGAUCACUCCAUGGACAACACAGACCUGCUCCUGGAGCAGUGGAAACGUCACACAUUCACAGAGAUUCUGUCCUUCAGGCCUGCAGCAACAGAGACCAAGGACCCCAAAGAGACAUCACUCUGAGAGUACACACAUACCUCUCAAUACCUGUCAAUGAUUAUUAUAAGGCAUUGUUGUACAGAUGUAAUGGGAAUCCAAUGUACAGAAUGUAGUUUAUUGAUUAUAAAUGGAUUUUUUGACAAACAUUUUUGAAGAUAUUGUCAGUCUUGUGUAAUUGUGGAACUACUGUAACAGCCAACCAAUGAGCCCCUGGGAAAGAAAUUAUUACUUGCUUCCCCGUAAACCACGAGAAUGACUGUAAGCUAAGACAUCAAAUGUUCAUCAAUAAAAGGUCACUCUAAAAUGAUCAGUUUUGUCACAUAACAAUGCCACACAUGUCUCAAGUUUUGAGGGAGUGGGCAAUUGACAUGCUGACUGCAGGAAUGUCCACCAGAGCUGUUGCUAGAGAAUUUAAUGUUAAUUUCUCUACCAAAAGCUGCCUCCAAUGAGAAUUUAUCAAGUAUGUCCAACCGGCCUCACAAUCGCAGACCACGUGUAAGCACGCCAGCCCAGGACCUCCACAUCCGGAUCCUUCACCUGCCAGAUAGUCUGACACCAGUCACCUGGACAGCUGAUGAAACUGAGUAUUUCUGUCUGUAAUAAAGCCCUUUUGUGGUGAAAAACUCAUUCUGAUUGGCUUGGCCUGGCUCCCAAGUGGAUGGGCCUACACUCUCCCAAGCCUACCCAUGGCUGAGCUCCCCGCCCAAUCAUGUGAAGUCCAUAGAUUAGGGCCUAAUGGAUUUUAAUUAGCCCUUUUGUGGUGAAAAACUCAUUCUGAUUGGCUUGGCCUGGCUCCCAAGUGGAUGGGCCUACACUCUCCCAAGCCUACCCAUGGCUGAGCUCCCCGCCCAAUCAUGUGAAGUCCAUAGAUUAGGGCCUAAUGGAUUUUAAUUCACUGAUUUCCUUAACUGUAACUCAGUUGUUGAAAUUGUUGCAUGUUGCAUGUUGGUUCAGUAUAACGUUAACUGACUGCAAUAUUUGUUUGACUGCAAUACACCUGCUCAAACACUGGAAUUACCCACGUACGUGGCCUAAGGUCCAGCAAGGACAAAUAUCACCUCUGUCUAUAAAUGGAGCACCAACCUUGCUGAUUUUAGUUUGGGCCCCUCAAAAGCCAUGAAGAGAGCCAACGUCUUUAUUCUGCUUCUUGCUGGUGUGUUGGUCAACGGAAAAGGUAUGCUUUAUGUUACAUACCUCCGCUGGCAGAACAGCUAUGACCAGCCUUUGGAUUUUAAUUGCCCAUCAGGACAAUCCAUCUCUCGCAUAGUGAGUGAGCAUAACAACAAACAUGAGGACCGUAUGUGGGACUUUGGGUGCAAAGCCACAUUUGACUCAGCAACUAACUGCUUCACAUCUUCCUACGUAAAUGACUUCGACAAACCUUUCAACUACCAAUGCCCAAGCCACCAGGUCAUCACAGGGAUGAACAGCUAUCAUGACAACAAGCAUGAGGACAGAAGAUGGAAGUUCACCUGCUGUGGAGCCAGCAACUUCUGUACUGAUUCCUGCCAGUGGAGCAACUACGUAAACUGGUUUGAUGAGGCCUUCACUUUUAAUGCCCCACCAAAUUCCUACCUGAUUGCAGCUGAAAGCUACCAUGACAACAAGUAUGAAGAUCGUCGCUGGCAAUACCAAUACUGUACCAGAAGGUCAUGCUGAAUCUAUAACUGAUUCUUCCUACAAUCAGAUUAUUUUAUCCAUUGUUGUCUCUUGAUAAUCUUGAAAGAAAUGCAUGAUUAAAGAUACAUGCAUCAAA